AUGAGAGAACAGAGAGCGUCCGAAGCAUCUGCUGCAUCUGCUGAGGGGAAAGAGUCCAGAUAUAGUGGAGAGUACAAAGAGGAUCUGAGCCAUGGUCCUGCAAGACUGGAAAAUGUAUUGAAACACAGCCUCAAUAUUUACAAUUACAUGGAGGAACAGAAAACACAAGACAAGAAAGGAUAUGAACACAAACUUGAUAUCACACUGGCAAAUCUUGGCGAUAAGAGUGCAAAAGAAAGUGCAAGACAACAACCCGACUAUGCUGCAAACGUGGAGAAACAACAUGGAAAGAGUCUCAGUGGAUCGGCGCGACAGAGGCAGCAAGGCGUAGACACAACUCCAUACAUGGCCGGCAGAGCCGUCUUCGCAAAGUGUCUGAAAGCAAAAAAUAUGAACGCAAUGGUAGUUGAGGCGGUCGCUUGA